ACCAGCUAAUCGUCCAGCGCUCAGACCACACCCCUUAUCCUAUCCCCCUCCCUCUCUCCGUCCUAAAACAAUGGCAUCCUCCCUUACCACUCUCUCUCUCUUAUCCCCUUAUCCUACACCACAAUCCUCUUCUUAUCCUACGCACCCCGCCGCUUUCACCCCCAAUUCCCUUAGAAACCCCCUCCAAAUCCCCAAUUUCACUUCCUCCUCUCGCAAAGCCUCCUUCUUGCCUCCUCUCUCCGCGGUGGUCUCCCCCAAGGUCGAAGAACUCGGCUCCCAGAUCAAAACCCUAACCCUAGAAGAGGCCCGCGGUCUUGUGGACUGGCUCCAGGAGGAGCUCGGCGUCUCACCGGCGGCCUUCGCCCCGGCCGCCGUCGCUGCAGCGCCUGCUGCUGGCGACGCGGGCCCCGCCGCUGUCGUCGAGAAGACGGAAUUCGAUGUCGUGAUCGAGGAGGUGCCCAGCAAUGCCAGGAUCGCGACAAUCAAGGUCAUCCGGGCGCUGACGAGCCUGGCGCUGAAGGAAGCGAAGGAGCUGAUUGAGGGGCUGCCGAAGAAGUUCAAGGAGGCGGUGUCGAAGGAGGAGGCAGAGGAGGCGAAGAAGCAGCUGGAGGAGGUCGGGGCGAAGAUAGCCAUUGUUUGAGGUCGGGUGGGAAGCUCAAUCCAUCCGAUGGUCGAGAUUGUGCGAUUUUGAGGUGGUGGAAUCCAACAUCAGCGAUGCUCUCAAGGCCAGGAACCCAUGAAAGAUCUUCAGUGGCAAAUGAGACCCAUAUUUCUUUUAGGGCUUGGUAGUGUAGAUUUUUCAGGAAUUUCUUCUUCUUUUUUGUGAAGCAAGCAAGCUUGUCAAAUACAGCUCUUUCUGACAUUCAUUAGAGCAGAAUUUGCAAUGUAGUUAUUGAGAAGAGCUCCAUCCAUGGCAUUUGGACAAGAAAUCUUUAAAUGUAUUUUGAUGGCACAUCAUUUCAUAGAAAGAACGAAAAAUGAUGAGGGCAGA